AUGAAUGUUGUCAAAAUCAAUGGCGUGAAAGUUUACAAUCUGACAGCUAAUCGCUCCCUUCCAGAAUGGGCGUCGAAAUCUGAAAAACGUAAAAAGAAGUCAGAUAUGGAAUUAAGUCGGCGUAUUGAGCUUAUUCAGGAACUAGAAAUGCCCGAUUCAACCACUUAUUUGACUUGCUCGCCAGAUGGUCAGUACUUGUUUGCCCUUGGACGUUAUAAACCCAGGGUCAAAUGCUACGAGCUGUCAAAUCUUUCUAUGAAGUUUGACCGAUGUCUGGACUGCAUGCCGUACAAAAUUGUAUGCCUCAGUGAUAACUAUUCCAAGUUUGCCUUACUGGAGGAUGAAAGAUGGAUUGAGGUCCAUGCAGCCGGUGGACACCACUUCAAGUUUAGAGUUCCAAAACAAGGUGUGGAUUUAGAUUACUGUCCUUACACAUGUGAUAUUUUCGUCGCAUCGUCACGCAACCACAUAUAUCGAAUGGACUUGUCCGAGGGUCGCUUUAAAACGUCUCUAGUCUCACAACGUCUGGAAAACACUAAUCAUGGAUUUACUGCAUGUAGCCUCGAGAGGAAUUACGGUUUGUUACUUGGUGCAUCAUCUGUAGGUUGUGUUGAUGGUUGGGAUACUAGGGCUUCUGAGCAUGUCUUUGGUCUAAACGUGUGUGAAUAUGCACCUGCUCCGGAAGAUAUACAGAAUAGCUGGCGUUCAACUGCUGUCACUUGCAUGUCAUUUAAAGAUUCACUCAACGUCGCAAUAGGCACAGGAGAUGGGAUGGUAUACAUUUAUGACCUUCGUCAAAACCGUAAACCGUGGCAUGUCCGGGACACGGAAUACAGGGAGCCUGUCAAAUCCAUUCAUUUUCAUGAUGACAAAGUAAUAACAGCAUUGCGCUACUGUUGUAAAAUAUGGUCAAUGGAUACUGGUAAAAUAUUUGUUGGUUUCAAUAUCGGUCCUUCCGACUGUAAUUCUAUGUAUCACUUUCCUAAUAGUGGAUUACUCAUGUUCGCAUCUGAGUCCCCCAAGAUUUCUACAUAUUUUAUUCCACUGCUUGGAGAAGCGCCAUUUUGGUGCAGUUAUCUAGACAGUGUUGUGGUAGAGUGCGAACCAGAUGUCACAACUAUGUAUGACGGUUAUAAAUUCAUCACCCGUCAACAAUUAACAGAUUUGGGGAUGUCAGAGCUUAUUGGAACUCAGUUUCUAAGAGCUUACAUGCAUGGAUAUUUUAUUUCUGCAAAUCUGUACAACAAAGUGCAAGAACAUCUGGGGAUCAACCAGAAAUUACCUCAAAUAGUCGAACCUAAAUAUACUGAAAACGUAUCAAAAGCUUCGUUGCGUUCUGAAAACAUAAUUGCAGAGUUCAACGAAGCCUCAGCUGACCGGCGCUUUUCCAAACUCUCAGACAAUCCAAAGCUAAUAUACAGUAAUGUGGAUGGUGACUCAGAUCUCAUACAAAUUCAUCAAGCCAGAUUGGAAAAGAAGCGCAGGCGUAAAGAACUUCAGAAAGAACGAGCUGCUCGCACACAGUCUUUAGUUAAAAAAGCCUGUGAUAAGCAUAAAUGA